UACCGAGGUAAUGACAGCCCGCAUUUUUCCUCUAUGGAAGAUUGAGCUCUAUGAAUAUACACCUUAUCCAAACGCCAUUGCUGCGCCAGAAAGAAUGACAGGGCGUACUCCAUUUUACUGCAGAAACUCAUGGAUUCCAGGACAUGAUCUACACUGAACAGCAUAUCAACAGAAAGAAGAGGAAUUUUUACAUCAUUUCAGAUAAUGUGUUAGCACGAAGGAAGUAAAACGAAUGCAUAAUAAGCGUCGGAAAAUGAUUCAGACAUAACUUCAUGCAUGUGUGCUUAAGGGACGUGGCCAGAUCACGUGGUCCACUCCUUUUUGCUAUUUAAUUAUUCGUUUCUCAGAGAAAUGGCAGCAUUUUUGUAUUCUUGCAUCUUAACGAACUAUUAUCUGACAAUUGGAUGUACACAAUGGUGAAAUGGUCUGCGUUUGGAAGGAGACAACAGCUGAUUUGCGGUUUGUUUUCAUUUGUGAAACUCGACGGGGAAUGACAAAAAAGUCACGUGCUCUGUGAUUAUAUUAGGACAAGACGACAAGAUUUCUUAGUCGCACUAUAUCACUGUGCAGUUUGGUAAUCUUAACAUAAAGGACAAUAUAUUUUAUGAAUCCCUUGAUCGCUAGACCCUGCCAUAUCCGAUGGUAGAAAUUACGGGGAGGUCGCGUUUAUGUCGAUCCCUCUUUCAUUGAGAGUAUGUUGUAUGGCCGCUAUGGCUCCCGCUCUCACGGAAGCGGUCACACAAGCUCGUAUCAAACUGUCUGAAUCCCCACCCCCAGCGUCACCCGAGCUGACAACACCUCUUCUUAACGGGAACGGACUGGCCCAUCAUAAAGCUGAGAAGGUAUCGACGGCAUCGUCUGAACGGGACAGGUUGGGCGCACCGUGCGCCAAAGGUAAACAAGGAAGAGGCAUCGUGGGGUUCACCUCACAUUUGACCUUGCAGCAGUUACAACAGGCCCACAAACAAGGGCUACUAAAACCGGUUGGUUGUAAACAAAUAACUGCAGCAAAUUUAAAACACUUAAAAUUAGUUCAGAAAUUGCCCCAAAUAUCGCAAGAACAUUCUCUUUCGUUUUCUGUUUUAGAACAGAACGGCAAUCAAAUUCAGGCUGAUGAGAAAAUGAACAAGACGAACUCUGUUAAUGAGACAAAAAGCACAGGUAAACAAGGAGGAUUGAUCAGUCAAAUUAAACGUGAAGAUUUCCAAGUUCCGGAAAAGCGCAAUAUCCCGUACAAACAAUCGUUGAAUGUGAAUGAUUUGAGUUUCAGUGAAGUUAAACAUACUCCUCAUAGUAAUAACAAGACUGUUUCUAAAAAUCAACAAGGAGCUCCAGUGAACAAUUUAGUAUCAUCAUCUGGAUCUGAUAUGGUUGCUUCAAUGGGGAACGGCCCAGAUGUCGGUGAAACAUCAAUUAGCAAAUCGAAGGAGCAAGCUGAAACUGUCUGUGAAUCAGGGGUUAAGAAACUUGAAUUAUCAGAACAAGUAGGACGAAAGCAGCAUGUGUUAGAAAGGCGCACACAAGCCUUGAUUCGAAGGCUACGGCGCAUUCAAGGAAAUCAUUUGGAAAGCCAUGUCAGAAAUCAGUUGAGCAGUUUUGUUAAUUUUCAGAAUAGUAACUUGCAGACAGUUGCAAAGACUAUAAAAUCAAAUAAUAGUAAUAACAAUGAUCUGAAAACAGACCUAUUUCAGAGCGAAGAUGUUAAGAGUUUGUCAACAGCAGCACUUGUUAAUCUUGUUAGGAAAUUACAGUCCUCAAACAAUAACAACAAGACAUCGCUACAGCGUCUGGUUAGUCAGACGAAAAGCGAAAAGGACAUCGUGUCACAGGGUGUCCUCUCUAUAGACGAGGAAACAUGUACAGAAUCCAGUCGAGUGGCAGGACACCUUACUAUGAACUUGAAGCAUGCACAAAGUGCCAUAGAUUCUGAUGCCACAGAAAGUAGUUCUGGAGGAGAGAGUUGUGAUGAAGAUGAUAUUUACUAUGACAGAGAUCCAAAGACAACAUUAAAUCCUUUGCAUCGUAGAGCAGAGUGGAAAUGGGCAACAGAUCGUGCAGCAGUAGCAUCUAGGUGGACAUGGCUUCAGGCGCAAGUGUCAGAUUUAGAAUACCGCAUUCGACAACAAAGUGAAAUUUUCAAACAAAUACGACACACAAAGGGAAGUGUUAUACUUGGCGAGGCUCCUGCUCCCGAGGACUUGAGUAUCCGACUUAAACAAGGGAAGGCAGCAGAUUCCAAAUUGUCCCCGCUGGACGCUAAAAUUGCUAACCUGCAAAAGAAAAAUGAAGCCUCGCCGUGUAACAUUUCAACUUUGCUCAUGAAUGUAAACAUGCAGGCAUCGAAAUUAACUAAGUCUUUAGGCAAUUGUCUUUCCCCUGCACAAGGGGGCAGUAACAGUAGUAAUACAGGAGACAGCAAUAAAGUGAGGGGACAGCAAAAUCAUAGUGCAAAGCCACUGAAUGGCGUGAUAGGACAAUCUCAUGAACACAGUGCGUCGGGAACAUCCUCUGAUACUCCUAGUACACCACACACACAACAAGUCGGACCAGCAGGGGACAGUGUUGCAUCAACACCUGAGAUUCCAACGUCACCAUUCCCACCCGAUUUGACUUGUCAGGCGGCCCGGUGUCGGCCUGUUCGGAGCUAUCGGAAACGGAAGCUUCUUUGGACAUCCGGUUUGCACCAACGUAGUCGUAAGGCAGCGCGUUUAUCCACAAUCCGUUGUGAGUGUUAUCCCCCGAAGUCAUCAUGUCCUAUGUGUGGUGGGCGGUAUAACAACAUCCAGAGCGUCAACCCUGACAACAUGCCAAUGCAGGAGCGCGUGUCCAUCCUCGACCCUGCAUUUCAUCCGGUUUUGUCUUUCACACAAGAAAUUCCACUUCCUAUUCACUUUGAGGCACUUCUGAAGAGCGGAGAAUGGCAGAACAAACCACCACCGAAAAGUGCAAAGGCUUUGGCAACAGAGAGAAGGCGACAAAAGUUGAUGAGCCAACAGCGUGUCAACAAGAAGACCAAGUAUGCCAAGGGUGCUGCCGCUGCUCUUCUUUCUUCUGCUAAACUACGUAACAAAUAUGAGAGAAGAACACCCACCAAGUCUAGAUCUGCAGGAUUGUCCAUGACACCGAAAAAGAGUGCAAAAGAAAGACGACUGGCACGUUCUGACAUGAAGCGACGAAGAGUGGCUCAGCUAGCUAUGGCACUGAAACAAGACAACAACCUGUCUCUAUCCUAUACUGAUGGCUAUUCUGGGAUGGAUGGCAAGAAUUUACUGAGUUCUCCACUCAAUAAGGAAGGAGGAACACUCUCAUCAAGUGCACCGUCCUCCACCCUAAAAGAGAUGAAAGAGGCUCAGUGGCGACGUCGACGGGAGAGCGAGUAUGACAUCAAUAACAUUGUCAUCCCCUACAGUAUGGCUGCUUCUACUCGUGUGGAGAAACUCCAGUACAAGGAGAUUGUAACACCUAAAUGGAGAGACCUGACCAAGGAUGAUGGGGAAGUUCAAGAGGAGGAAGAAGAGGAAACAAAUGCAAUCAAAGAGAAGAUGGAAACAGAGCAAGAAAGACCCGAGAGUCCAGGAGAUGUAGCUGUUCCUAAAGAACAGGACGGGGAGGAGGAGGAGGAGGAAGAAGAAGAGGUGGAGGAUUUAUCGGAUGAAUCAUUUGCCGACAGACACAAGAUCUGUGAAGUACAGGAGAAGAAGAGGUUUACAUCAUUCAUCCAAUACCCAAGUCGGAGACAACGAGGCUCAAGAGAGGAUCAGCCACGCACCCCUGCCAUGGCUGACGAUAUCCCAAUGGAUAUAAGUGUAAAUGAGCCCAUCCUUCCAUUGAUGAGUCCUCUCUCCACCAGCCCCUCUCCAACCCCGCAGGCACAGGCUCAGGCAUUCAAAGACGAGGCAUUCAGGAGGCGGAGUAGUUCAGCUUCCUCUCGGCGCCUCAGUAUGAGUGCCAGUAUGGAUGAAAACAGCCGAGAUUCUCAGUUAUAUGAGAUGGUCGAGAUUUUCUCUGUUGAUCCAUGGCCAGAUAGGACUUUCCCUUUAACAGAAGAUGAUUAUGAACAAAUGAAGACGGUUCAGCCUCCAGCUGUCCAUGUACGUCGUGCUCGAAUCUCCAGCGCACGCAUAUCUCUUAUGAGCGAGUACAGCAGCACUAGCCACCAUCCCCAGCAAGAAGAUUCUAUGUCGGGAAGCAGUCAUCCAUGCUCCCCGCUCCCAAGUACUUCAUCAGGGUCAGUUGUUGGGGAAGAUCCGAAUGACCCAGAAUGGAUGCUCAAUGGGGAUAAAGAUAAAGAUAAAGAUAAAGAGAAGGUUCCUUUGAAGCAGUCUGUCAUCCUCAAACUGAAACGGUGAGAUGAUCCCAACAUAAUGCUGGGCAUGAAUCGCCAUAAAAUCACCCCUGGCCUCCCAACGACGAUCUAGCCAAGGUACCAAACUGGAGUAGCCCCAUUAACCAGUCUUAGUCUUUAUAUCCAAGCAAGGCUGAUGACUAUGUCCACUCAUAAAUGGACUGGCCAUGGAGACAACCUAGAAUCUCCGAAAAAGAACUGUAGGCCUUUGGAUAUGACCCAGAAUCUCUGCCGAAGGACCAGAGGUCUUAAGAGAACGCCUAGAAUCUCUGUGGAAAGGAAGACCGAGGCCUAUGCAUAUGGGUGGAAUGUCAUUGUAAUCCUCCAGGUUUGGAAGAUACUUUGGGACUGAUUUGAUUUGAAUAUGCAAUGCUUAUUGUAAGUAAGUACUGUAUAUUUCAUGAAAAGGCGAAAGAUAGUGAGUGUAAUCAUUCUGAUUUACUGUGUUAUUAUUCGGCAAGAUCAAGAGAUGGGACACUGCAAGUCAUUGCUGUUGUAAUGUAUAGCUAAGGUAUUAGUAAAUCCUAUUGUUACAGAACUCAUUAGUGCUGACUGUUCUACUCUAUAUAUCUACACAAACAUGUCCCAUAAACACAGAUACAUAUAUAUAUAUAUAUAUACACAAGGCAAAGAGAAACUAACCUUACAGAUCUAGUCGGAACGGACUAAGAUCACUGUGAAGUCGGAGUGAGAAGCAAAGGGAAUUGAUCAAUUAAAAUCCACAAUAUCUGAAGUGCUAUGAAAUAUUUUGAAGGAGGAAGAAGGUUGAGACCAUCAUGGAUUUUGCUUGGGUCAAAAUUUCUUCUGUCUGAAUGACUAGUAGAAAGCUUUUGACUGAAUGCCAUGAUUUUGUAAAUAGGUGUGCUUGAAAGUUGCAAGGGUCUCUGAUUAUUAUCCAUGCAUGUUGUGCAAUUGUCUGGUCAGAUAUUACUAUUGUUCAAAUAUAUCAAUUUACCAACUUGUUUUUGUCCACAAGGAACUAUGAUUUAUGUAUGAUGAAUCAUAUACAUACUUUGGAUAUUUGCUCACUGGAAAACUGUGUUUAUUUUAGUGACAAUGAUAUUAUAAGAUUUUGCUUCAAAUCAAAUUAUUUUGACCAAAAUUUGCUAUUCAAGUUGAUGGUAACUGCAAAGAUAACAUUUUUAGGUCACCUGAGCUUUAGCUCAAGUGACCUAUUGCUAUCCGUUUUCGUCCGUCGUCGUCCGUCGUCCG